AUGGAGGCCCUAGCUGCAGGCAUACUGCAGGGCAGUCGGCGGGCUGUCAGCCAGGGCAUCAGCCUGGUGGAGAGCUCACGUUUAGAUCAUCAGCUGCUGGCCGCCAAGCUGGUCCGCGCUUUGCGGCGGGAGCGGCGGGAGGCGGCAGCACAGAGUGGUGGCCCCGAGCCGUUUCGCAUAGGAGUCAGCGGCCCGCCGGGGGCCGGCAAGAGCUCGCUUAUAGAGGCGCUUGGGGUCGAGCUGCUGCGAGCUGGGGAGCGGGUGGCGGUGCUGGCGAUCGACCCCAGCUCCGAAUCCAGCGGCGGCGCCAUCCUGGGGGACAAGACGCGUAUGCCGCGCCUGAGCGCCAGCGCCGAUGCCUACGUGCGUCCCAGCCCCGCCAGGGGCACCCUGGGCGGCGUGGCGCGCUCCACGGUUGAUGCAAUAUCGAUAUGCGAGGCGGCUGGCUACAGCAAGGUGUUGGUGGAGACUGUGGGUGUCGGCCAGAGCGAGACAGCGGUGCAGGACCUGGUGGACGUGUUUGUGCUGGUGCUCCCGCCGGUUGGAGGCGACGAGCUGCAGGUCGUCAAACGUGGGAUUCAGGAGCUGGCAGACAUUGUGGUGAUCAACAAGGCUGACGGCGCCACCAAGGCUGCGGCAGCACGGGCCGCCGCUGCGUUCAAGAGCACCGCGUACUUCCACCGCCAGCGGCGGCGCAGCUGGCAGCCCACUGUGCUGACCUGCAGCGCACACUCUGGGCUCAACAUCGACAAGCUGCAGCACCAGCUUGCCGACUAUCAGGCGGCCAUGGUGCACAGCGGCGAGCUGGCGCAGGUGCGGCAGCAUCAGCACCGACGAGUGGCUUGGACGGCGGCAGAGGAGGCGGUGCUGGAUUCGUUCAGGCAGAACGAAAACGUGAAGUGGUUGCUGGCGCGCCUGAUGCCCGACAUUUCCACCGGGGAGCUGGGGCCCCGUGCUGCUGCAGAACUGCUGGCCGCAUAUCAUGCCAUGUACGACUAA